GGAGCGGCGGCGCUUCAUCGGAUGCCGGUGGGACUCGUCGGAGCUCAUGAGCUGAGGACGGCGGAAUCUGACGAGGCAUAAAUACUCGAUUGGUGAAUUUAUCGAUCAAUGAGGCAUGCAAAUAUGCAAAAAGAACCUUCAAAUGUUCCAGGGAGCUCAAUGCGAAUCACACGUUCCAGGGCUAAGACCUUUGCCUGUCCUGAAGGACUACCCCCUUUACAUCCAUCAGGUAUACAGAAUGGGAAACAAGUUCAGCGAGCAAGUUCCAAAAGACCAGCAUCAGAUGAGAACAUUACAACAAGUGGCGCCUCUUUUCAUCGUCAACCAAAGAAAAGAGCUGUUCUUGGAAAUGUUACUAAUGUAGUAUGUGACGGUUCAUAUUUGAAAUUUAUGCCAGGGACCAAAGUCCAGGAUACCAAAAAUUCCGAGAAGAAAAUUGCAAAGGUGAUGCCUGCCGUGUUAGGUAAAAAAAAGCCACAUCGUUCGGAGGAUAGGAAGGAAAAUAUAAUUGAAGAGCCCAACAAAAUGAAGAUUGAAAAUUCUGAACGCAGUUCACACACAAACCUCAAAGAGAAUGCAUCAGCACAUCAAAAUGUUUUUGCCAGCAUAGAACAAAGCAGGGCGUGUGGUGUUUUGCAGUUAGUAAAGUGCAACUCCAAGAUGGUUCCUCAGCUGACAACAUCACAAAGUGAUGAUGGCAAACAUUUUCCUAAGACAAAUGACUUGGCUAGCCUGGGCAUUACAGAUAUUGAUUCAAAGCACCGGGAUCCACAGAUGUGCACAUUGUAUGCUUCUGAUAUAUAUGAAAAUCUGCAUGCUAAGGAGCUUGACCGGAGAGCAUCUGUUGAUUACAUGAAAACGCUGCAGCGAGACAUUACUGAGGGUAUGCGGGGCAUUCUGAUUGAUUGGCUGGUGGAGGUCUCUGAAGAAUAUCGCCUAGUUCCUGACACACUUUAUUUGACAGUGAAUCUUAUUGACCGGUUUCUGUCAGAAACCUACAUUGAGAAACGGAAAUUGCAACUGCUUGGGGUUACAUGCAUGCUUAUUGCUUCAAAAUAUGAAGAAAUUUGUGCACCGCGUGUGGAAGAGUUUUGUUGCAUUACCGACAAUACCUACACAAAAGAAGAGGUUGUAAAGAUGGAGAGUCAAGUUCUAAACCUUUUGAGCUUCCAACUUUCUGCUCCCACAACCAAGAAAUUCCUAAGGAGGUUCAUUCAAGCUGCACAAGCUUCGUAUGAGGUUCCUUCUGUUGAAUUGGAAUUCAUGGCAAAUUAUUUGGCAGAGCUGACUCUUGUUGACUACAGUUUCCUUAAGCUACUUCCAUCUCUUAUUGCCGCUUCUGCUGUAUUUCUAGCCAGAUGGAUACUUGAUCAAUCCAAGCAUCCGUGGAACCCAACUCUAGAGCAUUACACAAGAUACAAGGCAUUGGAGCUGAAAACUUCUGUUUUGGCUUUGCAAGACUUACAGCUGAACACCAAGGGGUGUACCCUUAAUGCCAUACAUGAAAAGUACAAACAACCUAAGUUCAAGUCUGUGGCAACCUUAACAUCACCAAAAGCAGUUGAAUAUCUGUUCUAGCAGUAGACUACAGGUGUCUAUUACAUAAGGAUGUCCGUGUCGCGUACAAUACAAAAUGUCUCAUAAGAGCUCUCUCAUUCAUUUGUUCAUCCCUCCCUCCCACCCCAAUGCUCAUUGCAUCUGUUAAAUCCAUUUUGGCACAGACGUUACGCUUUCUGUAACGUGGAAAUAUCAGAUGCGCAAUCAUUUUCAAAAAAAGAAGAAAAGAAAAUGGUGCUAUUUAGACUGUAUUUAG